GCGGACCUCUCACUGCUGUGGCCUCUCCCGUUGCGGAGCACAGGCUCCGGACGCGCAGGCUCAGCGGCCAGGGCUCACGGGCCCAGCCGCUGCGCGGCAUGUGGGAUCCACCCGGACCGGGGCACGAACCCGCGUCCCCUGCAUCGGCAGGCGGUCUCUCAACCACUGCGCCACCAGGGAAGCCCUCAAAUAAACAGCUUUAAUCAACGCUUUAAUGAAAGAGAAUAAAGGACCAUGCCUUAAAUUCUCUCAGCUAAGUUUAAAGGAUUCCUUCAGAGAUCUGUUUAAUCCCAAAAUGGAGAUAUUUUUGAUAUUGUAUACAAGGAACAACCCGAGCUGUGCUGAGUCACUGUUUAAGCAGGAUAACUCACUUAAUGUUAAUUUCAACACAAGAAAGAAAACAGUCUGGCUUAUCCAUGGAUACAGACCAAUGGGCUCCACUCCACCAUGGCUUCAGAACUUCGUGAGAAUUUUGUUGGACCAAGACGAUAUAAAUAUAAUUGUAGUAGACUGGAACCGAGGUGCUACAACUUUUCUUUACAGUAGAGCGGUUAAAAAUACCAGAAGAGUUGCUGUGAGUUUGAGUAGGUACAUUCAGGAUCUUUUGAAGCAUGGAGCAUCUCUUGAUAAUUUUCAUUUCAUAGGUGUGAGCUUAGGGGCUCAUAUUAGUGGAUUUGUUGGAAAGAUAUUUCAUGGUCAAGUUGGAAGAAUAACAGGUCUUGAUCCUGCUGGACCACAAUUCUCUGGAAAACCAUCAAAUGGCAAAUUAGAUUACACUGAUGCAAAUAUUGUGGAUGUCAUACACACUGAUACCAAUGGUUUAGGCAUUAAAGAACCCUUGGGACAUAUAGAUUUCUAUCCAAAUGGAGGGAAAAAGCAACCUGGCUGUCCUAAAUCAAUUUUUUCAGAUUACAAGACUGGUUCAUGUGUGGAUUGUGCCGACUUUAAGGAAAAAUCAUGUCCUAAACUAGGUUAUCAAACUGAGCUAUGGAAAGAUGUUUUAAAAGAGAGAAUAGAGAACAGAACUCUCAGGACCACUGUGUUUUUGGAUACUGUUGGCACAAACCCAUUCUGUACCUAUUAUUUUGUUCUCAGUAUAAUUGUUCUGGAUAAAACGAUGAAGGAUGGCUAUAUUACAUUUAAAUUAUUAAACCAACUUGGAAUUGUUGAAGAGCCAAGGCUCUAUGAGAGGAACAGAUUAUUUUAUAAACUUCAAGAAUUCAAGAUUCUUGCUCAGUUUCUAAAUGAUGUUGUAAAUAUUUCAAGCAUUAGUUUGGCAUAUUUUCAGAGCUCAAAUCAGCAAUGUUCCACAUGCAAAUACACUGUUCAGCGUCUCAAGUUAAAAUCACUUACAUAUCCAGAAAGACCACCAUUAUGCACUUAUAAUUUUGUACUUAAAGAAAGUGAGGAAAUAUUUCUCAGUCCAAAUACAUGCACACCAAAUGAAAUAUAAAAUGCCUUCUUCUAUCAAAUGUAACAACUUGUUUGUGAAUUAAAGAACUUGUAA